CAUCCAACGGCAAAAAAUCUAACCCUACAACACCAGCCGUCUUUAUCUUUAACAGCGACUCUUGCAUUUUUUUUAUUUGGCCUUCGAACAAGCUUAAAAGGAGCUUCGUUUUUAUCUCCUCUCACAAAAAAGAAAAAAGGGAAAAUGGCCGGGAAUCUGAUGCAUGCCGUUCAAUAUAGUAGUUAUGGUGGAGGAGCUGCUGGUUUGAAGCAUGUUGAAGUUCCGAUUCCCACUCCAAAACAAGGCGAAGUUUUGCUGAAAGUGGAGGCAACUAGUCUAAAUCCAGUUGACUGGAAAAUGCAGAAAGGAAUGCUGCGCCCAUUUUUACCUCGCAAAUUCCCCUACAUACCUGGUACUGAUAUAGCAGGAGAAGUCAUAAAGGUUGGAGCAGGAGUCAAGAAUUACAAACCUGGGGAUAAAGUUGUGGCUAUACUUAACCACGGUAGUGGAGGUGGACUAGCUGAAUUUGCUGUUGCUAAGGAGAGUUUGACAGUGGGAAGACCUCCAGAGGUAUCAGCUGCUGAAGGUGCAGGUUUGCCUGUUGCUGGUCUCACAGCUCUCCAGGCACUCACCCAGUCUGCUGGGGUCAAGCUUGAUGGAAGCGGUCAGCAAGUAAACCUCCUGAUUACUGCUGCAUCAGGCGGUGUAGGUCAAUAUGCAGUUCAACUGGCAAAGCGUGGAAACACACAUGUGACAGCCACUUGUGGGGCUCGUAACACGGAUUUUGUCAAGAGCCUGGGGGCCGACGAGGUUCUUGACUACAAGACUCCUGAUGGUGCGGCUCUGAAGAGCCCUUCUGGUCGCAAAUACGAUGCAGUGAUCCACUGUGCAAUGGGCAUUGCUUGGUCUACCUUUGAGCCUAAUUUGAGUGCAAAUGGGAAGGUAAUAGAUAUUACUCCUGGUCCUAGUGCCUUGAUGACUUUUGCUCUGAAAAAGCUUACCUUCUCCAAGAAACAGCUGGUACCACUACUUAUGAUACCUAAGAAAGAGAACCUCGAUUAUCUUGUUAAGUUGGUGAAAGAGGGAAAGCUUAAGACAAUAAUUGAUUCAAAGCAUCCCCUAAGUAAGGCUGAAGUCGGUUGGGCUAAGAGCAUUGAUGGCCAUGCCACUGGGAAGAUUGUUGUGGAGCCUUAGUUUGUGAAUAUUACUUGAUACUUACUGUAGUUUCAUACAAUUCAGUGAUCGGGAUUGCUUAUGGGUCAUGUGUAUAUUUAUGGGUACUUAGUAUUUCGAACAAUGCAAAUGAUGGUAAUGAGUGCAUGUCAUCUUUUGCUGGUAAUUAAACAAUGAUAUUUGGAGGUUA